AUGGGUGAUGAAAUUGAUCUAAUUGAAAAUAAAGUCAGUGAUGAUGAGCAAAGUGAAUCUAGCUACCCUAUUUUUAAUCCUGUUGAAAACUUUGAUCCAACAUUUACAUUGAGGAUGAUGUUUAGCACAAAGGGUGAGCUUAGAAAGGCUAUUCAGUCUCAUGCAAUUAAGACAAGAAGACAUGUAAUUUGCACAAAAAGUGACCCAAACAGAUACUAUGCUAAAUGUGGUGAUACAGAUUGUGAUUGGAGGUUACAUGCUCAUAAACUAAAAGAUGAAUGCACUUUUCAAAUUAGGGAUUACAACCCUAAACACAAGUGUGCCAAGACUUUCAAUCUUAAAAAUGUAAAGUCUAGUUGGCUCUGUGAUAAAUAUCUUGACAAAUUCAAAUCUGAUCCCAAGAGGUCUGUGAAGGGUUUUAGAGUGGAUGCUAUAAAUGAGAUUAGAUGUCAUAUCUCUAAACAUGAAGCUUAUAAAGCCAAAAAGAAAGCAUUGAAAAAACUUGAGGGAAGUCCUGAGUACCAAUACACAAGACUUUGGGAUUAUACAGAUGAGAUUCGAAGAACUAAUCCAGGUAGCACUGUCAUUGUGGGGACUGAAGAUGUGGAUGGGGAAAACAGAUUCAGUAGGUUUUAUGUUUGUUUUUUAGCAAUGAAAAAUGGUUUCAAAGAGGGUUGUAGGAAGAUAAUUGGUGUUGAUGGGUGCCACUUAAAGGGGCCUCAUGGGGGAAUUCUUUUAACUGCAGUAGGACUGGUCCCAAACAACAAUCUUUACCCAAUUGCAUAUGCCGUUGUAAACGCAGAAUCAAGGGAAACUUGGGAGUGGUUUCUGAUUUUGUUGAAAACUGAUUUGGGUUUUAGAGGGUUGGCAUUCAAGCAUGCCUCAUGGAGAGCUGCUAAGGCAUGUACCAAAGGGGAGUUUAAGGCUAGAAUGAUGGAUAUCCAAGUUCUUGAGCAAACUGCUUUUGAUUGGUUUUCUGAUAAACCUCCUAAACAAUGGAGUAGGUCACACUUUAGUCCAAAUGUAAAGUGUGAUAUGUUGCUGAACAACUAUUGUGAGACCUUCAACAUGAUGAUAUUGGAUGCUAGGGAGAAGCCAAUACUGACUAUGCUAGAGUGGAUAAGGGAAUUUUUGAUGAAAAGAUUGCAGGAAAAUAGGGACAUGGCUGAAGUAAAAUGGAAAGGAAGAAUCUGCCCAAAAAUAAGAAAAAUACUUGACAAACAUAUAGAAAAAGUUGGUGACUGUAUUCCCAUCAAAGCUGACAAUUUUCAUUAUCAGAUAUCAUGCUUUGAUGGUGGUCAAUAUGCACUGGACUUGUCAAACCAUACUUGCAGUUGUAGGAAGUGGGAACUUAGUGGGAUUCCUUGUAAGCAUGCCAUCUCAGCAAUUUUCAAUGAAAAAGAUGAUCCUGAGGAUUACAUUGAUGGCUGUUAUUCUGUAAUUGCUUACAAGAGGAUAUAUGCAAGUGCAAUUAUGCCAAUGGGUGGUGAGAAUCAGUGGAAUGAGACAUGUUUCAUACCUCCAUUGCCACCAAAGUUUGGCAGAAGGAGUGGUAGACCUUCCACUACACGCAGAAGAGAUCCAGAUGAGCCUAUGACAAAGAAGAAAAAAGAGAAAAGAGGUAAUGGAAUGAGGGUGAAAAGACAACAGCUAACAGUCAAAUGCUCUAAGUGUGGCCAGGAGAAGCAUAAUGAAAGGACAUGCCCAAAUAAAGAUCAAUCUCAGUGUUAUGAAGAAAUUACAGACUUGACAGUUGAAGAAGCAGCUUUUGAUGUAUUUGGAGCUGAUGAAGCUUUACCAACAAAGCUCAAUGUGGCAGACAAAGGAAAAAAGAAGGUUACAAAUGAGGCUCCAAUUAUUUCAGCCCCAAUUACUGGGAAAGACAAAGGAAAAAAGAAGGUCAAUAGUGAGGCUGAAAUUAUUUUAGCCCCAAUUACUGGGAAAGACAAAGGAAAAAGGAAGGUGACAAAUGAGGCAGAAAUAAUGCAAGUGGACAAUGAGGCAGAAAUUAUUCUACCCCUAAUUACUAGCCUUGUCACCUCACAAUCUGCAGAAAAUGAGAUGUUUACUACACUCCAAGUGCCCAAUCCAGUUUCCAACUCUCCUCAGUACACUAAGGGACCUUCAAUGUACUCUCAACUACAUAGUGUUGGACAUCCCAGGAGUGCAACAUCAAGGAUAGAUAUUAGAGCCCCACCUCCUAUGCUUGGUAUCAAUACAGUGUGA